GCCUAACCCGUCGAGCUCAUCUACCUUGUCCCGCACUACCCGCUUUCCGCCAGGCUCAGACCUACUCACUCGUCUACAGCUUGUGCCCUAGAUAAAUGGCCUCUCUCAGAGCGAUAUGGGAGCGCCACGUGAAACCACGGGUAAAGCUAUGGCGGGAUAAGAGAGAUCUUGGGCUGCUGGGCCUUGCCGUCGUUUAUUUCAUUAUCUGUAUAUAUCUAGUUGCAGUUGCAAACGCAUUUGCGGACCGAAGGAACACAAACACCAACAAACCUCCUGACCAGCGUUAUGUGGCACCAGACCCGCUCCUGGAUGCUACCAAUCCAUGGUACUAUCGAGUACAUUUACCGCAGAAUCUUCCGGAUACCUGUGUGCUGAUUUCAGGAGUGUUGAUGGUUCUCUUUGCCAUUACGCGAGGUGCAGCUGCCGUUACGCUCAUACGUCGCGCUCUUUUCAUUGUGGGGUCACUCUACUUGGGUCGUGUUCCUUACAUGAUGUUGACCAAUCUUCCUGCUCCGUACAUCUACUGCUUCACUCCGGUGGAUUCAAACUUCGGGAAAGACACUUGGUUACUCUUCUCUGGAAGACGCGUAGAUUGCGGGGAUACAUUCUAUUCGGGACACACAAUCGUGUUUGGGUCCUGUCUGAUGAUGUAUUGGUACCAUUGUCGCCACUACUGGAUAACUAUCCCUGUGGUAUUAUUCUGCAUUUUUGGAAUGUUGACUUUGGUUAUGAGUUCGUAUCACUACACAAUUGAUGUCCUUGGGGCAUUCGUUUUCACUUUCCUCUGCUGGUGGCUUUUUCACCUUGCUAUAGAGGUGGACGAAAUCGGCAAUCAUCGCUGGUGGGGCAAGGUAAUCCGCUGGCUGGACUACGACGGACACAAGCUCAUAGAGGCGAAAGAAGGGCGCAAAACACUGAUGAUGGCUGCCUCAGGAAGGGGUCCUAUACAUCCGGAGGAGACCCUUCCUACUCAUGUAGAGCCGGGACAAGAGAUGACCGAGCGAAGGGGCGGUGAUAUCGUCGAGGUGCCUCGAAUGUCCUUGUCGGGUGUGUCAAGGGGUGACAGUCCGCGCCUUUCGGGUUCACUUAGAACUAGAGUGUCAAACGAACGGGUGUCAAACGCCUUGUCUGGACCGGUACAAUCCGUCCGAAGACCCCCUGUGACGCAAGAAACGGUUGAGAUUUUAAUAGAGGAGAUACAUGUUUCCCCACCGUGAUAUGCGUCGAUACCAUAUCUCUGUACUUCAGAGUAUAAUUCAAUUAUUUUGCCAGGACGCCUAUUUGGAUACGAUUUAUAGCUCUUUCUUCAAACUUUUAUACAGUCUCUUCUCCGUUCUACACACAAUAUUACCUCCCAUGCCAGCGGUUAUUUUAGAUGCACGCGGACGUUCUCUCCA